AACAAAUCCAAUCAAUCCCGACCCCAUUUUUCGUGUCCCCUUUAUCCUCCCUCUCCACUAAAAGAAAACCCACCACUGCUAGGAAGCAACCUCUCCUUCACAAACACACACCACCUUUGCAAGCAUCUCUCAACUUACUCUCGUACUCUCUCGACCGCCUCGCUCCCAUCAACAUCAGAAUCCGACUUGCAAACCAUAAAAAUGCGUGAAAUUGUUCACCUUCAGACCGGCCAAUGCGGCAACCAAAUUGGUGCUGCUUUCUGGCAAACUAUCUCUAGCGAGCACGGGCUCGACAGCAAUGGAGUUUACAACGGCACCUCCGAGCUCCAGCUGGAGCGUAUGAGCGUCUACUUCAACGAGGCCUCCGGCAACAAGCAUGUUCCCCGUGCUGUCCUCGUCGAUCUCGAGCCCGGCACCAUGGACGCCGUCCGUGCCGGUCCUUUUGGCCAGCUCUUCCGCCCCGACAACUUCGUCUUCGGUCAGUCUGGUGCUGGAAACAACUGGGCCAAGGGUCACUACACUGAGGGUGCCGAGCUUGUCGACCAGGUCCUUGACGUCGUCCGUCGUGAGGCUGAGGGCUGUGACUGCCUCCAGGGUUUCCAGAUCACCCACUCCCUGGGUGGUGGUACCGGUGCCGGUAUGGGUACUCUGCUGAUCUCCAAGAUCCGCGAGGAGUUCCCCGACCGUAUGAUGGCCACCUUCUCGGUCGUUCCCUCGCCCAAGGUUUCCGACACCGUCGUUGAGCCCUACAACGCUACCCUCUCGGUCCACCAGCUGGUCGAGAACUCUGACGAGACCUUCUGCAUUGACAACGAGGCUCUGUACGACAUCUGCAUGCGCACCCUGAAGCUGUCGAACCCCUCAUACGGUGACCUGAACUACCUGGUUUCGGCCGUCAUGUCUGGCGUCACCACCUGCUUGCGUUUCCCCGGCCAGCUCAACUCUGAUCUCCGCAAGCUUGCCGUCAACAUGGUUCCCUUCCCUCGUCUGCACUUCUUCAUGGUUGGCUUCGCUCCUUUGACCAGCCGUGGUGCCCACUCUUUCCGCGCUGUCACCGUUCCCGAGUUGACCCAGCAGAUGUUCGACCCCAAGAACAUGAUGGCUGCUUCUGACUUCAGGAAUGGUCGUUACCUGACCUGCUCUGCCAUCUUCCGUGGAAAGGUUUCCAUGAAGGAGGUCGAGGACCAGAUGCGCAACGUCCAGAACAAGAACUCGUCGUACUUCGUCGAGUGGAUCCCCAACAACAUCCAGACCGCUCUCUGCUCUAUCCCGCCCCGCGGCCUCAAGAUGUCGUCGACUUUCAUCGGAAACUCGACCGCCAUCCAGGAGCUGUUCAAGCGUGUCGGUGAGCAGUUCACUGCCAUGUUCAGGCGCAAGGCUUUCUUGCAUUGGUACACUGGUGAGGGUAUGGACGAGAUGGAGUUCACUGAGGCCGAGUCCAACAUGAACGAUCUUGUUUCCGAGUACCAGCAGUACCAGGAUGCUGGUGUUGACGAGGAGGAAGAGGAGUACGAGGAGGAGGCCCCUCUUGAGGGCGAGGAGUAGGAUCAAAACACUCUUACCCCGGAUGCUUCCCAAUUGGUCGCUUACGAUCAAAAGUCGGCACCUUUGUCUCCUUGCUCCAGGAUAACAUCGCUCGCGGACUCGCUGUCUGUGCUCGAGCUGGAGGGCUGACGUAGAGGCUGUUGUUUUGAUUGUGCUGACAUGUUGGAGACUGUUGUCGUAAUUUGAUACCUCUCCCAGAGACAAUGGAGCAAAAAGAUACAAUGUUCAUUGGACUUGAAUGCCCUUGCCUUUAGCUGAUGCGGCGAGCCGUUUUUACAACCUAUGUUUUAAUUACAAAGAUGA